UCCAGGCAUAUAUCUGCUCCUCCCGCACCUUUGAACUCCUGGAGCGCGCAUUUAAUCAUAUUUACUGAUCGAAGAUGUUAAUUAUGAUGGACCUGCUGUGAACUUUGAUGAAUCAGCUUUUUGAUUGAAUGUAGCACAUAACAUGUAUUAUAUAUUGCCUAAUGAAGUGCAUAACAUAUAUUAUAUAUUGCCAAAACGAAAACAUGAAGGAAGAAAGCACAUCACUCUUCUUCACUACAACACCAUGUUCCGCUCUUUCUUCAUUGCAGGACUACCUUCUCCCACUCACAAAGCAAAACUCCGCCGCUCUUCACACCCUGCUUUCACUUCUCUCACCGCCUCACCUCUCCUCUCAAACUCACUUCACCACACCAACCAAUCAUCUCCGCCCCACAUCGAAACCCAAACCCCACAUUCCAAUGCUACUUACGGCUAUCUUCUCAAUCGGUUCAAGGACUCCCGUACCUCAAACGAAGCCGAAACCUUUCAUUUGCGGAUUUUCAAACACGGGUUCACUCAAGAUUUGUUCUUGUGCAAUACCCUCAUCAACGUUUACGUCAAAAUCGGUGCUUUGGCUAAUGCACGUAAGCUGUUCGACGAAAUGCCUGACAAGAACUCGGUUACUUGGGCUUGCUUGAUUUCGGGGUAUGCCCGGAGCGGUGUGCCAGAGGAGGCGUGUGGGCAGUUUAAACGGAUGGUCUGUGAUGGUUUCGUGCCGAGUGUUUAUGCUUUUGGGAGUGUUUUAAGGGCUUGCCAGGAGUUGGGUCCUUGCAAACUUAAGUUUGGGAUGCAAGUUCAGGGGUUGUUAUCGAAAAUGCAUGAUUCGGAUGUGUUGUUAGCUAAUGUGCUGAUGUCAAUGUAUGGGAGAUGUUUGGGUUCUGCCGAUGAUGCUUACCGGGCUUUUUGUGAGAUCAAGUUUAGAAAUCUAGUGUCUUGGAAUUCUAUUAUUUCGGUUUACUGCCAAAGAGGGGAUGCAGUGUUUGCUUAUAAGCUUUUCUCAAACAUGCAGAAGGAUGGUGUGGAUUUUGAUUUGCAACCGAAUGAGUAUACUUUCGGUAGCUUGGUACCUGCCUGUUGUUCUUUGGCUGAUUCUGGUUUGGUUUUGCUUCAGCAAAUGCUGAGCAGGGUCAGUAAAGCUGGAUUUUUACAGGAUUUGUACGUAGGAAGUGCUUUGGUUAGUGGAUUUGCGAGGGUUGGAUUAGUCGAUUACGCUAGGAAGAUUUUUGAGCAGAUGGGUGAGAGGAAUGUAGUUUCGAUGAAUGGGUUGAUGGUUGGACUGGUGAGGCAGAAGCGAGGAGAAGAAGCCACUCAAGUUUUCAUGGAGAUGAAGGACUUGGUUGGAAUAAAUAUUGAUUCGCUUGUGGUUCUUUUAAGUUCAUUCACUGAAUUUUCUGUUUUAGAGGGGGAAAGAAAGGGAAGAGAGGUUCAUGCAUAUGUAAUUGCAACUGGUUUGAUUAACAGCAAGGUUGCAAUAGAGAAUGGGCUUGUAAAUAUGUAUGCUAAAUGUGGUGCUAUUGAUGAUGCUUGUUCAGUUUUCAGGCUCAUGGUAGACAGAGACUUAAUAUCAUGGAACUCUCUGAUCUCUGGUCUCGACCAGAAUGAGCGGUUUGAAGAUGCAGUAAUGAAGUUCUGUGAAAUGAGAAAAUCUGAGUUGAAGCCUUCAAUUUUCACAUUAAUUAGUGCUUUGAGUUCGUGUGCAAGCUUGGAGUGGAUCAUGAUGGGACAGCAAAUACAUUGUGAAGCACUUAAAUUGGGACUUGAUUUGGAUGUUUCGGUUUCAAAUGCUCUUCUUGCAUUGUAUUCCGACACAGGGUGUCUUAAUGAAUCCCGGAAUGUUUUCUUCUUGAUGCAGGAGUAUGACCAAGUGUCGUGGAAUUCCAUAGUUGGGGCUUUAGCUAGUUCAGAGGCUUCAGUUUUUGAAGCUGUAGAAUAUUUAUUGGAAAUGAUGCGAUCUGGAUGGGAACUUAAUAGAGUAACAUUUAUUAGCAUUCUUUCAGCAGUUUCAUCUCUCUCACUUCAUGAGCUAGGCCAGCAGAUUCAUGCUGUAGUCUUAAAAUACAAUGCGGCAAAGGACUGUGCUAUUGAGAAUGCGCUUAUUGCUUGCUAUGGAAAGUGUGGACAGAUAGAGGAUUGCGAGAAGAUAUUUUCUAGAAUGCCUGAAAGAAGGGAUGAAGUAAGUUGGAAUUCCAUGAUUUCUGGAUACAUACAUAAUGAGCUCUUGCCCAAGGCCAUGGAUUUGGUCUGGUUUAUGAUGCAGAGGGGUCAGAGAUUAGACUCUUUUACUUUUGCUACUGUUCUGAGUGCUUGUGCUUCAGUUGCAACAUUAGAGCGUGGGAUGGAAGUUCAUGCUUCUGCUAUAAGAGCUUGUUUGAAAUCUGAUGUUGUAGUUGGGAGUGCACUUGUCGACAUGUAUUCAAAGUGUGGAAGGAUUGAUUAUGCUUCAAGAUUCUUCAAGUUGAUGCCAGUAAGGAAUGUGUAUUCCUGGAAUUCAUUAAUAUCAGGAUAUGCUCGCAAUGGAGAUGGACAGAAAGCUCUGAGGCUUUUCACACAAAUGAAGCAACAAGAUCAGCCACCAGAUCAUGUUACCUUUGUUGGGGUCCUAUCAGCUUGUAGCCAUGCAGGGCUCGUGGAUGAAGGGUUUCAGCAUUUCAAUUCCAUGAGUAAAGUACAUGGACUGGCUCCUAGGAUGGAGCACUUUUCAUGUAUGGUUGAUCUUCUUGGAAGGGCAGGAAAAAUUAAUAUGAUAGAGGACUUCAUAAAAAAAAUGCCGUUGAAGCCUAAUGUGCUUAUUUGGAGGACAGUUUUAGGGGCUUGUUGCCGAGGCAAUGGUUGUAACACAGAGCUAGGCAGGAUGGCUGGUGAAAUGCUAUUGGAGUUGGAACCCCAAAAUGCUGUGAACUAUGUGCUUCUUGCUAACAUGUAUGCUUCUGGUGGGAAGUGGGAUGACGUGGCAAAGGCUAGGAUGACAAUGAGAAAGGCAGCAGUGAAGAAGGAAGCUGGGUGCAGUUGGGUCACCAUGAAAGAUGGAGUUCAUGUUUUUGUAGCUGGGGACAAAUUACACCCAGAGAAAGAUUUGAUAUAUGAAAAACUGAAGGAACUUAACAAGAAAAUGAGGAAUGCUGGAUAUGUGCCUGAAACAAAAUUUGCACUAUACGAUCUCGAACUGGAGAACAAGGAAGAACUCCUGAGUUAUCACAGUGAAAAGCUUGCUGUUGCAUAUGUUCUUACUCGCCAGUCACAGUUGCCUAUAAGGAUUAUGAAAAACCUUCGGGUUUGUGGUGACUGCCACACUGCCUUCAAAUACAUAUCAAAUAUUGUUGGCCGGCAAAUAGUAUUACGCGAUUCAAACAGAUUUCAUCACUUUCAAGAUGGCAAGUGUUCUUGCGGGGAUUUCUGGUAAUUUAUUACUCCGUACUAAUUGGGACUUUGAUCAUGAUUCAUAAUGUCAUCCUUUUGAUUUGGGUGGCAUUGAUGUAAGAUAUGAGACACUUGACUGAAGCGGCUGAACAGUAUGGAACUAUACCAACUAGCCUGCAAUCACCUGCUGGAUGUCAGCACAAUGCAAAUGUCUCCACGUCAAAAAUUUGGUGGUUGAGGUCUGUCACUUCCUAAAAUCCAACAUCUCCUCCCUAUAUAAAUUCGACACUCUACAGAUCCUCAAUAAGUUCAUUCCUAUACUACAAGAAACAAGUCCUUAAGGACAAGGAGAUGACAUAACGUGGUUAGAGCUAUGAAGGUGAAUGUUGUGAUAUUGGUCUUUGUUAUAGCACUGGCAGUGGUAAUGUUACGUGGAACAGAAGCUGAAAAAUACAGGGUUGGAGGCAACUUGGGUUGGACUAUCCCUCCUGGUGGCGCUGCCACUUAUGCUUCAUGGGCUUCAAAGUACACCUUCAAAGUUGACAAGGAUCUUAUAGCAUUGGCAGCAGCAAUGUUAAGUGCAACAGAAGCUAGAAAGUAUAGAGUCGGAGGCGACUUGGUUGGACUAUCCCUCCCAGCGGCGCUGCCUCUUAUGCUUCAUGGGCUUCAAAGUACACCUUCAAAGUUGACGAGGAUAUUAUAGCAUUGGCAGCAGCAAUGUUAAGUGCAACAGAAGCUAGAAAGUAUAGAGUCGGAGGCGACUUGGGUUGGACUAUCCCUCCCAGCGGCGCUGCCACUUAUGCUUCAUGGGCUUCAAAGUACACCUUCAAAGUUGACAAGGAUCUUCUAGGGUUCGACUUCAAAGCAGGAAAAAAUGACGUGAUUGUAGUCACAAAGGAGAAUUUCGACAUCUGCAACACCACGAAACCAUUAUAUCAAUACAAGGGUCCAGUAUUUCCUAGAGCUGCCAUUUCCGGCACAUAUUAUCUCACUUUCAGCUUCGCGGGGCACUGUGCCAAGGGCCAAAAGGUAGCCAUCUAUUUUGCACCCUAGCCUCUUCAAACCUGCUACCUAGUCCAAGUCCAAGCCCAAGCCAUAGUUCAAGUGCUUCGGAUGAAUCUGCGGUGACAGAGCACCUGAAAAUAAGGAUGAUGACAUGAAGUUGCCGGUAUUUCAUGGCACUGACCACAGCAACGGAAUUCAUUUCCUCAUAGCUAGUAAUAGUAAACUAAUUUUGGAUCGUGUCGCCUAUGAAUAACUAGUGUACCUAGCUAGUGCAUGUUAUAUAAGAAAGCCUUAACGAAGUUCAUGUAAGAGUUAAAUCAGUAGAUUCAGCAGCUCAACCCUGCAAAUAAAUUCAACUUGGUUUGAACGUCAUCAUAUCAUACAUAUUCACCUAGCGUUCUAAAGUCUAAACAAAUAUGCAAGCAGUUUUGGAGUUUCUCAA